AUGUCUUCUACUCCUCGCUCUUUCGUCUUGCCUGACCUCUUGGCUCUAUGCCCGUUCAAGGCUUCCAUAAAUCCUCACCACGCCAGUGCAGCCGCAGCUUCGUCGGCCUGGGUCGACAGCUACAGGAUUUUCCCCGACAGAAAGCGCGCCGCCUUCACCCAUGAGUGCUAUGAGCUACUCGUCUCGUACGUCAUCCCGAAUGCCGACCACGAGCACCUCAGGAUGUGCUGCGACUUCGUGAACCUCCUGUUCGUCAUCGACGAGGUCAGCGACGAACAGGAUAGCGCCGGUGCUCGCCGCACCGGCGACGUAUUCCUGAACGCUCUGCGCACCCCAGGUUCGGACGACGGUUCCGCGUUGGCGAAGAUGACCAUCGAAUUUAGAGCCCGGCUGCUCCAAUGCGCAGGUCCGGGCUGCGUCCGACGCUUCUUCAAACACUGCGAGGACUAUAUCGACGCAGUAGCUCAGGAGGCCGAGCUCCGAGGACGUGGGGUUGUCCUUGACAUGGCCUCCUACGAAGCGUUGCGGCGCGAGAACAGCGCGACACGCCCGUGCUUGGUCCUCACCGAGUCCUGCUUGGGCAUAGAGCUCCCGGACGAAGUCCUCGACGAUCCGACAUUUAUGUCGUUGUAUUGGGCUGCGGUGGACAUGAUCAAUUGGUCGAACGACAUCUAUUCAUACAAUAUGGAACAGGCGGCGGGGAUGAGCGGGAACAAUGUCGUCACGGUGCUCAUGCACGACGAGGACGCCGAUGUGCAGACCGCCGCCGAUCGCGUGGGGAGUCUCUUUGAGACCCUCAUGGAUCGCUUCCUGCAGACUCAGAGCCAGCUGCCGAGCUGGGGCUCCGCCGUCGACCAGAUGGUCCAGAAGUAUGUGAAGGCGCUGGAGUACUGGAUUGUCGGGAAUAUCGAGUGGAGCUUCGAUACCCAGCGUUACUUCGGACCACUGCACGCGGAAAUCAAGAGGACGCGCGUCGUUCCCAUCCGUCCUCGCGGGGAAUACUACUAGGAUGAAGGAAGUGGGGGCGUCUGAGUCAUAGCCUCAUAGGUGAUGCGUUACGUUGGUGGAUCAACUUGAUGCAUGUAUUCGACUUGCGUUUCCCGUGAUUCCGCAUGGCAAGAGCGUGUGUUACUAGUGGGAGAGGACCAUUGAGAUAACUUUGCCUACGAAUUCCA